AUGAUUGAAGGCCUCUACCGGAGUUCCAUAAUUACCACAAUGAAAGCAGAAAUAGCAGGGCAAGACAGAAAGGUGUUAAACGAAAAUAAGGUGCUUGGAGUGCCACGCCUCAGACAGCUAAGGGUUCGAAAUGAUUCUUGUGAAGUACCAGCCAUAUUCACCAGAACUUUUUCUACCUGUUACGAUGCAUACUCUUCUGCUGCAGAAGAAAAGGAGCCAUUCGGGCCGAGGAACACUACAGCCUGGAGAUAUACCUCCAGUGAAGAACUAGAUGGUAUCAGUUAUAUGGGAACUAUUUCAAAUUAUCACGGAGGAGGCUAUUACCAAGAUCUGUCCAUUGUACCAAAUGAGACAGUAAAUAUUGUGGCAAGUUUGAAAAAGAAUCUAUGGAUUAACCGAUCGACCCGAGCUGUAUUUUUGGAUUUUACCGUAUAUAACGCAAACAUCAAUUUAUUCUGCGUAAUAAAGCUGCUCUUUGAAUUCCCGCCGACGGGUGGUGUCCUGAGCUCUCGUGACUUCACAACCAUGAAGUUAAUACGUUAUGUUGAACCAUUAGAUUACGCUGUAAUGGGCUUUGAGUUUUUAUUUAUAUUUUUUGUCCUUUUCUUCACUAUGGAAGAAGUGAUAGAAAUUAUGUUUUUCAAAUUACAAUACCUCUUUCACUUCUGGAAUUACAUAGAUUUGGUGAUUUUACUGUUGUCAUACAUCUCCAUUGCCUACAGCUUGCAUAAACUUGUCAUCACAAGAGGUGUGUUGGAAAAAUUAAUAGAUAAUACAACUGAAUACUCAAAUUUAGAGUAUGUAGCAUUAUGGGAAAAACAGUGUAAUGCUGUAGCUGCCUUUCUUGUUUUCUUCAUGUGGAUAAAAGUAUUGAAGUAUAUUAACAUAACCCACACAACAGCUCAACUGAAUGAAGCACUUAAACGGUGUGCUAAAGAUCUUGCUGCUUUUGGAUUAUUGUUUUUCAUUGCUAUUUGUGCAUAUGCCCAACUGGGAUAUAGCCUUUUUGGAACAAAGGCAAGGGACUUCAGAGGGAUUGGAAUAUCUGUGGUGACUCUUUUGCAGACUAUCAUGGGAUAUAAUAUUUAUGAAUCAAUUCAGAAAGCUGAUUGGUUUUUUGCCCCUAUAUACUAUAUUGCAUAUGUAGUAUUUGUUUUCCUCAUAUUAUUGAAUAUGUUUAUUGCAAUUAUUGUAUAUUCAUAUUCAGAAGUAAAAGCUGAGAUAGCUGUUAUGGAUGACGAUUUACAUUUGACUGACUUUUUGAAAAGACACUUUAAAAAUGUGAUGGAGAAGUUUGGCGUAUACAGCACAUAUGAGCCAAAGUCUAAGGACAAAGAGAAGAAGCUCACAUAUAAUGAUAUCAGAGAAAUUUUACGAGAGUGCAAAUUUACAGACUUGGAGAUAGAAAUGUUUUUUGCAAAAUAUGACAUCACAGGAGAAAGAAUAGUAACUGAACAUGACACACACAGAAUGUUACGUGAUAUGGGAUGGGUGGACAAGGAAGACGAAGAUGUGGAACCAGAAGAAGAUUCUGGUGUGUCUGUAGAUGAAUUUGAAGAGCUGAAGAUGCGAGUAGCGAACAUGGAACAGUUUAUUGAUAGACUUGGCAAAAAGAUAAAUACUGUUCUGGAACGAUUGGAGCGUAAAAAAAGAGAAAGAUAACACCCCAUGAAAAGAAGAUACUGCAGUUAUUUGUGUUCAGUGUGUGUGUUUUGAAAGUUUAGAUUAAGUAAUGUUUUUAUCUCCUCAGUAUGUCUAUAAAAGUCAUUAUAUGUCAAAAGAGAAAGAUAACACCCCAUGAAAAGAAGAUACUGCAGUUAUUUGUGUUCAGUGUGUGUGUUUUGAAAGUUUAGAUUAAGUAAUGUUUUUAUCUCCUCAGUAUGUCUAUAAAAGUCAUUAUAUGUCAAUAGGAUAUGUACUUUGCUACUAGAAUUGUAGAUUUUAUUAAAAUAUGAUUCUUUCAUAAUUGCUUCCUGUUUGUUAGCUUGGUCUGGAUAAUGCCUUGAGGUGGUUAUCGACUGCAAGAGUCGACUGCCUCAUCUUUGAGAAUGAACUUCUUUGAAAACUGUGACUCAGUGUGUCCUGAACUCUGUAUU